AAAAAGGACAUAGAGUUUAUGAAUAGUAGAGAAGUAGUAGACGCGAGUCAUCUUUCUCAGGAGGACCGAACCGAGAUUUUUGCGGAGCCCUCCAAAAUGGAUAUUGCACUUUUGAAAGAACAGUACAACUGUAAUAAACGGAAGCAAAUGCUACAAACACGCGUUGUUUUAUUUAAAAAAGCACCGAACAAUGAAGAGAUUUGUGGCAAGUCCCUUGUUAACAUGAUUCCUGUUAACCAGGAAGUAAAAUAUCCCAAAGUAUUUGAGGAGAAUUUUCCAGUUAGAGAGAUUAAGUUCAAUUUUGUUGAUGACCUUGACAGUGACAAAACCCCUUGGCGCACCCAUUUAGGAAUUCAUCGGAUGACCAGCGUAACAGGCAACUUGUUAAAAACAUCAGAUACAAUGGCCAGCACGACCACCUCUAAUCCUUCCAGCAACCAAGACCUUACUCUCGAGAGUACAGAAUCCAAAGAAGUAGAUUCCAUUGCUUCAGAAAACUUGAAUGGUUGCCAAUUUCUUGAUAGUGGAGGAAGGAGUGAGCAGGUGACCCCAGCCUCCAGGAACUUAUCCUCUUCCUGGUCAGAAUGCUCCCUGCCUUCUGUCAGCUCCCACUACUAUCCUUUUCCUCAACGAAAAUGCCCUAAGAAGUCAGAGGCUGCUAGGAAGCUUGGAAUGUAUUCAGCAUCUUCAUCUUCUGGCAGUGAACCCUAAGAUGGGUGUGGAGUACUGCAUGUCCCCUAACAUUCACCUGGGCCUUAAAAUGUUUGAUUACAUUUUUGUUUACAGUGAUGAUUAAAGAGAGACAAGAACUGGAGCCAUCAAGAUCAUCAUGGAGUUCAAUGGAUGUUUAUAUGAAAGUUGAUAUGAUGGAAUACAAUAUUAAGAAUAAAAUAUCGGCUUGGUUUUCUUUUGUGUAUAUUUGAAAAUAUGUUAAGAUUCAUUAAAUGAAGAUGAGAA